GCCAGAUUUUUUUACAACUGCUUAAGAAAAUUUAAUUUAGAAAAAAAAAUAGAAGGCAUAACUGUUGACAACGCGUCUGCAAACACCAAAUUUAUGAAUGAAUUGGGAGUGCAAGAUUUGAUGAAAACCCUAGCUAUACAAAAUGAAAAUGAAAGUGAUGAUGAAAUGGCGGAUAGCUCGAAUGAAGAAGAAAAUGAGCAAAGUGAAGAUGUCAUUAUGAAAAACUGUUUAGAAGAGGUAAACAACUCAAGCACUGCGUUAAUGAAACUACGUUCUAUUUUUUGCAAAAUCAAAAGAAGUGAAAUGUUGAAAAAUAGAUUUAAUUUGACAUGUGAAAUAGUAGGUGUAUCCACAACCGUAAGUCCUAUUUUAGAUUGUCCAACUCGAUGGAACUCAACUCAUGAUAUGCUAGGGGUAACUUUGAAGUUGAAAAAGGGAAUUGUUACACUAUGCAACAAUGUGCCAGAAUUGACCGAUUUUCAAAUUUCAGAGGAUAAAUGGAUAAUAUUUGAAAAAGUAUACAAGUUUUUAAUUAAUUUUAGGUCAUUUUAACU